GGGAGACCGACAGGGACCGCAGCCAGCGCCGGGCUGAGGGGAGCGGAGCGCAGCGCCAGGAUGGCUGAAGCUCCUCCAAGUUACUGUUUUGUAGCCUUUCCCCCAUGUUCCAAAGAUGGGCUGGUGGUGUUUGGAAAGAACUCUGCACGGCCUAGGGAUGAAGUACAGGAGGUGGUCUACUUUGCUUCUGCAACUCACAAUCCAGGAAGUAAAGUUGAGUGCACAUAUAUUGAGAUUGAGCAGGUGCCAAAGACUCAUGCUGUUGUGCUGAGCAGGCCUUCCUGGCUUUGGGGAGCAGAAAUGGGAGCCAAUGAGCAUGGAGUCUGUAUAGCUAAUGAAGCUGUCGUGACCAGAGAACCAGCUUCUGAAUCUGAAGCCUUGCUUGGAAUGGAUCUUGUCAGACUUGGCCUAGAAAGAGGUUCAACAGCCAAGGAAGCAUUGGAUGUAAUAGUUGCUUUGUUGGAAGAGCAUGGGCAAGGAGGAAAUUACUAUGAAGAUGCAAGUUCAUGCCAUGCUUUCCAAAGUGCAUUUUUGAUUGUGGACAGAAAUGAAGCCUGGGUACUGGAGACAUCUGGAAAGUACUGGGCAGCUGAAAAAAUCACAGAGGGGGUGAAGUGCAUUUGCAAUCAGCUUUCACUAACUACAAAAAUUGAUGCUGAGCAUCCUGAACUAAGGGAUUACGUGAGAAGUCAAGGCUGGUGGAAUGGAGACACAGACUUCAAUUUUUCUGAAGUGCUUUCUCUCGGUGAUGGGCAUUUAGCCUGUUGUUCUGGCAGGGAGAGCUUGGAAAAGCAAAGUGGUGGUGUUUCUGCACAAACUAUGAUUGAUGUCCUGCGUGACAAGGAUAGUGGUGUCUGUGUGGACUCUGAAUCGUUCCUUACUACAGCUAGCAUAGUGUCUGCUCUGCCUCAGGACCCUAGUUUUCCCUGUGUUCAUUACUUCACUGGCACGCCAGACCCUUCAAGGUCCGUGUUUAAGCCUUUUAUUUUUGUUGACGAUGUAAAAUUAGUACCAAAAGUGCAGUCCCCUUCUUUUGGAGAUGAUGAUCCUGCUAAAAAGAUACCUCGAUUCCAGGAGAAACCCGAUCGCAGGCACGAAUUGUACAAGGCACAUGAAUGGGCCCGGUCUCUCCUUGAGAGUGAUCAGGAGAAGGGCCAGAAACUGAUGAGCAUUAUGUUAGACCUUGAGAAGCAAGGCUUAGAAGCAAUGGAAGAUAUCCUUACUCGUACCGAGAUUCUGGAUCCUGCUGAAGUAGUAGAUCUUUUCUAUGACUGUGUUGACACAGAACUAAAGUUCUUCAAAUGAACUACAGUGGCUACUGUUAGCCUUUUCACAGGAAGACUGCAAAGUUCUUCAAGCCUUGAAAGAAAGUCUUCACACUUAUGAAUUUGCAGGAAAGACAUUUCUAGAGGGAAAAAAAUGUUACCUGCUAGCUAUAUCUGGUUAACAAAUUGCUUUCCUUUGUCCAAUCUUGUGGUGUUCCUGUUUGUGUAUGUAUAUAGUGAAAGGAGAAAAUCACUGACUGGUCCGAUUACUGUGUGCAUGCUGGCUAAUUUAGUACAGAAUGUCUAAAAAUGUAUGCUGGGCAACAAAUUAAAGCAAAGAUUAACUUCAUCAGGAUAACUACCAUACUGUCAUUGAAAGCAAUCUGUUUUUUUUUUCUCUGAUGCUCAGGUCUAGGCUUGCAGCAAAGCUGCCUUGCAUUUUUGUCUUUUUGCUAAUUCAUGCAAAGAAUAAUAGAGUUGAAAUCCCAGUUUUGAGGGGGCAGGAAGGUAAGUCCUGUUUCUUGGCCUUGUUGUACCAGUCUCAUUUUGGCAGAUCUGGUUACAGUGACUUAGCAUCUCACAUUAUGCCUGCACAAAUGGUCAGAAUUAGGUCCCCCAGGAUAAGUUUUGUCUUCAUCUGCUACCUUGGUGUUUGUAAUGCACCUGGCUAAUACCCUAGUGCUGAGUACUGCAGUGCAGCCAGGCUGAAUGCCAAAGACAUCUGAACAUACCUUGUUGACUCUUUAAGACAGUUAAUAAAACAAUGUACUUAUAUACAAGCUAUAAAUUUGGAAUAUUUUGAGGGAAUAGAUGCUGGACAUUCAUCAUAACUAUUUUCCCUCCAGGCCUUUGUAAUGCUGAACAGUUACUGGUGAUGUCAGUGAUGUACAUACAUGGCUGAUGAAUCCAGUAAGUACCAGUGGGUUACUACUGGUGGGUCUGACUAAGCUUAGAAAUGGUUGUGUUAUGCUUCUUUAUAUGAUAGACCUUGCUUUUUGUGUAUUUUCUUCUGGAAGUCAGAUGAGGGGAAUACUUUUACGAAUUAAACUAGUAAACACUGCUUUCCAUGUCAUAUUAAAACAGCUGUUUUAACAGGAGAGAUAGACAAGAAGACAUUUUUAAUAAAUGGACAUUAGCAUUUGGAGAUAUAAUCCUUCAUUGUUCAGGGAAGGGAUAGUGAUGAAUCGCAGACUUUUGUAUUGAGGAAAUGAAAGCUACUUAGAAGGCAGCAGUACCACUGGCUUGUCAGAUUUUUAACUUUUUUUAAUGAAUUUGUUCCAUCAGCCUUGUUACCUUGAUAUUGCCUUAUACAACAGAUGAGAAUUGGAAAAGAAAACAUUGGAUUUCCAUAUAUAGAACGUAAACAUGAAAAUGUGUUCUCUUAGGCCUACCUAAUCACCUUCCUAUUCACACUGUAUUCCUCUGAGAGGCUCUGCCAUGGGAACAGCUCUACCCGGAUAGAUCUUUCUCCUUUAUUUCAGCUCCUGUGCCCUGGUAUUAUAAAAAUGAUAAAGGGCAUAAAGGGGAACGAAGAAAGAGCCAAGUAAGCCUAAAAUUUAACUUCUCUCUUCCUGGCCAGAAUAGUGACAGCAAGAAGCACGCUUCAUUCUCUCCUAUCAAAAUAGACUUAACACUCACCAACUGAACUUCAAAGCUGCUUCUACAGCUGUUGCUUGCAGAGCACUGUGUCCUGAAAGGUAAAGUUGGAUAUUGGUGAAGAAGGGGAGACUAGCGAUAAAAUGCUUGUCCCAGCUAGAGGGCAGAGAGGCAAGAUAGUGUUCCUGCUAAAAAAGAAGUGAUACAUAUUUGCCCUUUUGAAGGAUCACACAUCUGCAAUUAUCCUGUGGGAAACUACUUACUGCAAAUUGUUUUUAUGACAGAACUCAUCAUUUUGAGCACAGUGAUCUAGGCAGUGUUUGUAAUAGCUGAAGCAAAAGGAAGAUAGGUAGUGAAUUACAAACAAACAAGUGUCUACAGUGCUUGGUUACAGUCACUUAGAGAAAACUAAACCACCUUCCAGUGGUCCUGAGCGCAAACAUGGCCUAGAACAGUACAAGGGCAUAGUGGUGCUGGCCUGAGUCAUUCUUUGUAUCCAAGUGCUAGGAAUUACUGAAGUGUUAAUAGAUCUUGAACAACAAGGAUUUAAUAUGUAUUAAAUAACACUGCACCACCACUUAAAAAUAUGUGCAAGCUUUUCAGUUUAAUUUCUAUAAGAUGUAUCUUUUAUAAAACACUCCUAAUCAUAAUAAAAACAGGAAUAACAUUGGUCUUCCAUUAGAUAUUUUAUGGCAUGUGAUCUGAACUAUAUAUAGCUUUCAAAUAUUUAUGAAGAUACUUAUUGCAGAGUUGAACACGAGUUCCAAAACAUGAAAAUCAGCAGUACAUCAAUUUUUAAUAAUAAUAGAGCAAAAUAUUCUUUAAUACAGUAUUGAACUUAUUUUCCAGUUGUUUGAGAAGCAGUGCUGACCCCUGCUUAUUACUACAUCCAUGCAUAUUUAUUAGUAACUAUAAUACUGGUAACAGAAAGCGUUGGUCAAAGCAUUGCUAAUUUUUCUUCUUUUGACAUGAAGAACAAGGUAUCGUAAAAACUAAUGAUGCUUCUUUGGAGUCCUACAGGCAGAUGUUUAAAUGCUUCUUACCCUUACAGCACCUGCACACGGUAAGCAUGCAUGUAUAUAUGGAUGAGGUGCUGCGAGAUAUUGUUUAGUAGCUUAGGGUAGUAAUGGUGAUAGGAGGACAGUUGGACUAGAUGAUCUUGUAGGGCCUUUCCAACCUUGUGAUUCUAUGAUUCUAUGAAUAGGAGUCAUAGCAUAACUGAGCUGUUACAAGAACUAACAGAAAAGCAGAGAUAUCUAAGAGUGUAGUUACCUGUCUUUUCUAAAUACUGUUGUCCAAAGGAAUAGCCAUGGGGAAGGAUCUCCACCUACCAUUUAUAAUAUUUUUAACAGCUGCCGGUGUAAAAUGUGGUAUUUCUAGAAAUAAAUCAUAAAAUAACCAUAAAUAACCUGGCUGUUAAAAGGGAAUAGCAGGAGACUAUACUCUCUGGGAAGCCCAGUUCUAGUACUGUCACCCCAGAAGUAGUUCUUUCUCAUAUUCACAUGGAAAUUCCUUUGUUCUACUGUGUGCUUGCUGCCCCUUGUCCCAUUGCUGGACACCAGCAAAAAGAGCCUGGCUCCAUCCUCUUGACAUCUGCUUUUUAGGGAUUUACAUGCAUUGGUAAGAUCCCCUUUCAGUCUUCUUUCUCUAGGCUGUGAAUAGUCCCAGCUCUCAAACUUUUCUAACAAGGGAGGUGCUCUAAGCCUCUCAUCAUCUUUGCAGUCCUCCGCUGGACUCUCUCCCAGAAGUUCCCUGUCUUUCUUGAACUGAGGAGCCUGGAUCUGGACACAGUACUCCAGAUGUGGCUUCACCUGGGCAGAGUAGAGGGAGAGAAGAACCUCUCUCAGCCUGUUGGCCACACUCUUUUUAAUGUAUCCCACGAUACCACUGACCACCUGGGCCACACGGCACACUAUGGCACAUGGCCAACCUGUUGUCUACCAGAAAAAGUAAGUCCUUUUCGGUAGAGCUCCUUUCCAGCAGCUUAGCCUCUAACCUGUACUGAUGCAUACGGUUAUUUCUCCUCAAGUGUAGGACUCUACACUUCCCCUGGUUGAACCCUUCAGGUUCCCCUCUGCCCAACUCCAGCCUCUUGAGGUAUUACUGAAUGGCAGCACAGCCUUCUGAUGUCAGUCAUUCCUCCCACUGUCAUAUCAUUAGUAACCAUUCUGAGGGUGCACUCUAUCCCUUCAUCCAGGUCAUUAAUGAAGGUGUUGAACAUGACCUGGGGAGCACCACCAGUUACAGGCCUCCAACUAGACUCCGCGCUGCUGAUAACAACUCUCUGAGCUCUGCCAGUCUGCUGGUUCUCAGUUUACCUCACUGUCCAAUCUUCUAUCCCACAGUUCCUAAGCUUAACUAUGGGAAUGCUAUGUGAAGCAGAGUCAAAAGCCUUGCUGAAGUCAAGGGAGACAAUAUCCUCUGCUCUCCCCUCAUUUACCCACUCAGUCAUGUCAUCGUCAAAGGCUACCAGGUUGGUCAAACUUGAUUUCCCCUCGGUGAAUCCAUGUUGACUACUCCUGAUAAAAGAGAUAGAAUAGAUAGAUGGCUUCUCCUGCCAGAAGAGAUGCUCCAGUCCCUUCAUCAUCUCGGUGGCUCUAUGCUGGACUCUCUCCAGUAUGUCCAUGUCUCUUUUGUUCAGGGGAGCCCAGCACUGGGCACAACUCUCCACAUAAGCCUUCAGUGGUGCUGAGUAGAGAGGAGUGAUCACUUCCCACAAGCUGAUGGCGGCUCUUCCUAAUACGGUGAAAUGCUGCAUUUGUGUAAUUCCUGCUGGAAGCAGACAUUGUGUGAUCUGAACAUCAGUGAGCCAAACAAACAUCUCACUACUGCAUCUUAAAAGCAGGAGCUCAAGUCUCAUCCCUGGCUGCCUUGCUUUUUUUUUUUUCCAACCAAUUCAUUUAACAGGAAUCACAAUCUUAGGGACUCCUUAUUCUAUAUGGUGUGCUUCCUCUUUCUUUAGCCAUUCUGGAAAAGUUCUGUCAUCUUUGUCAGGUUUGUGGCCACCCUACCAGCUGGGUUUCUUCAGACAUGUUUGCUAUCCUAUAGGGAUCUGUAAUUAAUAGGAGGUAGCUCAACAGCUGCCACAACCUCUGAUUUCCUUUCUCUUCAUGCUUGAUGAGGAUUAUUAUGGGCUUUUCUGUUCUUGAAAGUGCCAUUCUGUUGCAAUCUGAACACAAGUAGAACAGAAGAAGUCAAAAAGCAUACAAAAAAACUAAACAUGUCAUGUUAGCUCCUGACAGCUCAUGGAAAAAUGUCUGAAUAACUGAAGGAUUACUAAAAUAUUUAAAAAUGAAGAUGGAAGAGGAAAAAUGAACUACAGGCACAUCAUGCAAAAAGUAUUCUUUGAGGUAAUGUAUCAGCUUAAUAAGAAUUGUCUGAACACUACAAAGAUUUUAAAUUUUAUGCUUCUUCAUUUAAAAAAUAUCCACAUAUAUACAAUAUUUAAAAGCCUAUGCUAACACUUUUGUGGUGUGUAUGCCACAAAGUACUUCCAAAAGUAUCAUUUACAUCUCUCUUUCAGCUUAUAAAAAUGCUAACAUUGCAGCACUUGCAAUCCAAAUGUAAUUUCUAUCGCUGUAAUGGGGACCCUUCAGUUCUGUAUAUUAUCUUGAUGUUCUCCAUUCUUUAAUACCAGUCCAGAAAGGAUCAGAUGAUUCUUCUCAUCUCACGUGUGUUCUUAAUGGUGGAUUUUUAGAGGGAUCUGUAAAUACGUAGGACAGGUUAAUUCAGAGGAGAUAGAUAGAUAUUUUGGGAAUACAUUUUGGAUGUAGUUCUACAGCAGUUUAAACAACCUAUGUUGUGUUUAUCAUCUGUUGUUAAACAGAUACAUAUUGCUCUGUAGGCCUUCCGAUGCAAAAAGUGUUAUAUACAGAUGAUGAUUUAGACAGACUUAAUUUCUAUUUGCUCCACAAAUGCAUAAGUCUGGAGAACACAAACUGCAUGUCUACCCACAUAAUUUUAUUUUUUUUGCUACUAAGUCUUUACCGUAAUUAAAUGCUUUUCAUUAUAUCUUUGGUCUCUAUUACCACUGUAACAAAUCUCAGUCCUAUCUGUUCUAUGCUUACAGUCCAGCUUUUCACAGUACAGCUGGUUUCUGUUCAUUAUUUUCUCUCACCCUAUUUAAUGCUCUUGGAUAACUAUAUGACAUUCCCAUGUUUACACACUUACCUCUAGGUAUCUUGCUGGGAUAUAUUUUCUGAAAUGGCUUGAAUUCAUCAGGUGGGGGGAAAUCCUCCACAGAAUGGAAAGUAAAUUUAGAUUCAAAGUCAUCUAGGAAGUUUCAGGGAAACAAACAUUAGUUACUGUUAGAGAUUUAAAUAAAUAAAUAAAUAAAAAUUGCCACUAUUGAUUUCAAA